UCACGAGCAGUGGCCGACCUGAGGCAGCCCAGGCGGAGGGGAUGCUGGGAGCUGUCAGUGGAGCGGGGCGCGCGCUCCCAGCCGAGUUCUGAGCUGGGCACCCGGGCAGCCCUCGCGGGCGAAGGCUGGUGGCCCCCCCUGUCACCUUCCCUAAGCCGCCUCUUGUAGACGCGCCUGCAAUGCAGAACACGGCCCACUAAGUAGCAGCGCCAGGCACAGCGCUUAGGAGCUCAUCCCCUCCCUAAUCUCUGCGCCCCCAAAUUCAGGCAGAUCAUCUUAGAGGACCCAGAACUCCAGAAAUGUUUCCUUUGAAGGAUGCAGACAUGGGCGCCUUUACGUUCUUUGCCUCAGCUCUUCCCCAUGAUGUUUGUGGAAGCAACGGACUUCCUCUCACACCAAAUUCCAUCAAAAUUUUGGGUCGCUUUCAAAUCCUUAAGACCAUCACCCAUCCCAGACUGUGCCAGUAUGUGGAUAUUUCUAGGGGGAAGCAUGGUAGAACGACUGGUGGUGGUGGCUGAGCACUGUGAGAGGAGUUUGGAAGACCUGCUCCGGGAAAGGAAGCCUGUGAGCUAUACAAAGGUUUUGUGCAUAGCAUUUGAGGUACUUCAGGGCUUACAAUACUUGAACAAGCAUGGCAUAGUACACCGGGCGCUGUCUCCUCAUAACAUCCUGUUGGAUCGAAAGGGUCAUAUUAAACUGGCUAAAUUUGGACUUUAUCACAUGACAGCUCAUGGUGAUGAUGUCGAUUUCCCAAUAGGGUAUCCCUCAUAUUUGGCACCAGAGGUAAUUGCACAAGGAAUUUUCAAAAGUACUGAUCAUGUGCCAAGUGAAAAACCAUUGCCCUCUGGCCCCAAAUCAGAUGUGUGGUCUCUUGGGAUAAUUUUAUUUGAGCUUUGUGUGGGAAGAAAAUUGUUUCAGAGCUUGGAUAUUUCUGAAAGAUUAAAAUUUUUGCUUACUUUAGGCUGUGUGGAUGACACUAUAGUAGUUCUGGCUGAAGAACAUGGUUGUCUGGACAUUAUCAAGGAGCUUCCUGAAAAUGUGACAAAUAUUUUGAAGAAGUGUCUCACCUUCCAUCCUUCUAAAAGGCCAACCCCAGAUGAAUUAAUGAAGGACCAGGUCUUCAGUGAAGUGUCACCUUUAUACACUCCCUUUAUCAAACCUGCCAGUCUAUUUUCAUCUUCUCUGCGAUGCGCCAACUUAACUCUGCCUGAGAAUAUUGAUGACUUGUGUAAAGUGGAUACAGACAGUGAUCACCUGGCAGAGAGAUCUAUAGAAGAGGUUUACUACCUGUGGUGUUUGGCUGGAGGUGACCUGGAGAAGGAGCUUACAAACAAGGAAAUUAUUCGAUCCAAACCACCUAUCUGCACACUCCCAAAUUUUCUCUUUGAAGAUGGUGAAAGUUUUGGGCAAGGUCGAGACAGAAGCUCACUCUUAGACGAUACCACCGUGACAUUGUCCUUAUGCCAGCUAAGAAACAGAUUAAAAGAUGUUGGAGGAGAAGCUUUUUAUCCAUUACUUGAAGAUGACCAGUCGAACUUGCCUCAUUCAAACAGCAAUAAUGAGUUAUCUGCAGCUGCUACCCUGCCUUUAAUCAUCAGAGAGAGGGAUACGGAAUAUCAACUAAACAGAAUUAUUCUCUUCGACAGGCUGCUGAAGGCUUAUCCUUAUAAAAAAAAUCAAAUCUGGAAAGAAGCAAGGAUUGACAUCCCUCCACUUAUGAGGGGUUUAACAUGGGCUGCUCUUCUGGGAGUAGAGGGAGCUAUUCAUGCCAAGUAUGAAGCAAUUGACAAAGACACUCCAAUUCCCACAGAUAGACAAAUUGAAGUGGAUAUUCCUCGCUGUCAUCAGUAUGAUGAACUGUUAUCAUCCCCAGAAGGUCAUGCAAAGUUCCGGCGUGUACUGAAAGCUUGGGUAGUUUCUCAUCCUGAUCUUGUGUACUGGCAAGGUCUUGACUCACUGUGUGCUCCAUUCCUGUAUCUAAAUUUCAACAAUGAAGCCUUAGCUUAUGCAUGCAUGUCUGCUUUUAUUCCCAAAUACCUGUAUAACUUCUUCUUGAAAGACAACUCACAUGUAAUUCAAGAGUACCUGACCGUGUUCUCUCAGAUGAUUGCGUUCCACGAUCCAGAGCUGAGUAAUCAUCUUAACGAGAUUGGCUUCAUUCCUGAUCUCUACGCCAUCCCUUGGUUUCUUACCAUGUUCACUCAUGUAUUUCCAUUGCACAAAAUUUUCCACCUCUGGGAUACAUUGCUACUUGGAAAUUCCUCUUUCCCGUUCUGUAUUGGAGUAGCCAUCCUCCAGCAGCUGCGGGACCGGCUCUUGGCUAAUGGCUUCAAUGAAUGCAUCCUUCUCUUUUCUGACUUACCAGAAAUCGACAUUGAACGCUGUGUACGAGAGUCAGUCAAUCUGUUUUGUUGGACUCCUAAAAGUGCUACAUACAGACAGCAUGCUCAGCCUCCAAAACCAACUUCUGAGAGCAGCGGCGUCCGGAGCUCAGCACCUUACUUCUCUGUGGACUGCACAGAUCCUCCAAAGACAGACCUGUCAAGAGAAUCCAUCACUUUAAAUGACCUAAAAUCAGAAGUAUCACCCCGGAUUUCAGCAGAGGACUUGAUUGAUUUGUGCGAGCUCUCAGUGACUGGCCACUUCAAGACCCCCACCAAGAAAACAAAGUCUAGUAAGCCAAAGCUCCUGGUGGUCGACAUCCGAAACAGUGAAGACUUUCUUCGAGGUCACAUUGCAGGCAGCAUCAACAUCCCGUUCAGCGCUGCUUUCACAGCGGAGGGAGAGCUCAGCCAGGGCCCUUACACAGCGAUGCUUCAGAACUUCAAGGGGAAGGUCAUUGUGAUCAUGGGGCACGUGGCAAAGCACACAGCCGAGUUCGCAGCUCACCUUGUGAAGAUGAAGUAUCCAAGAGUCUGCAUUCUAGAUGGUGGCAUCAAUAAGAUUAAGCCAACAGGACUCCUCACUGUCCCUUCUCCUCAGAUAUGAAGGACCAUGUGCAUGGCUGACAAGGAGAGGGUGGCAUCGCCCCUAGGCACAGCUCUUCACAGGCUGUCCCCGAGACACAAGCGGACAUCCAGACCACUGCGGUGCCACGUUUUGUCAUGAAUCACUGUGUAAAUCUUCUGAGCCCAAUGUUACCUGUCUAGGCAGGAAACUUGACUGUACAUGUAUUACUGAAGGAAUUUUCUUAAUAGUGAAAUCUGAUCAUGUAUUUUUACCCAGCUGCCACAUAGAGCCAGAGGAAUUCAGCUGACAGGGCAAAUUUAACGUUAUCAAGACUCCAAGAUGCGCUGAGAAAGCUGCACCCACCGCUCUGAGCAGACUGUCCUGACAACGGGGUUCCUCUUCAUUACAGCAGGCAUUAGAAAGCUAUUCAUAAUAGAUGUGGCAUUUGGUAACUAACAAACAAGAGGUGUGUGUGUGUGUGUGUGUGUGUGUUUAGUCCACUGUGAAAAGUGGCAGCAGCACUCUCAGAGAAUGGGAUUUCAAUACCAGCCGUAUUGCUAACUUGUUUACCACUUCCUAUAGCAGGAACGCAGAGUGACUCACACAGCUUCUCUGCUCUAACACAUACAAGUCUGCACAGGCAGAGGCUAUAAUCUUGCCUUCGCGUGAUGCAGAGCCGACAGCGUCUCCUACUGCUUUACCAUGCAACAGUUUUCCUUCUGUGAGUAACUGAAGCUCUGCAGGCUGUGGCAGCAUGCACAGGUCUAAGGUGGGUGGGUCCCAGAGCCAGGGAAAUGCACACAGGCCCUGUCCCUAACCAAGAAGCCGUCCAGGUUAAUAACCACUCACAAAGGAACUUUAGUUCUCCAAAGGAGUCUCACUGGGGAAGAGCAGGCCCAUCAGUAGAUGGCCAACACAGCAUGAACUCAAUUGUAUUUUUGGAGUUUGUUUUGUUUUGUUUUUUUGCGGUGGGGGGGUUGUUUGGUUUGGUUUUGUCUGAUGUUUGCAUAUUUUACCUGAUUUUUUUUUUACAUAUCGUUUCUGAUUUUGUGUUUUUAGCAUUUUCAUUUGUGUGUGUAAUCAUAUAUAUGUGUUUUGUGCUAUUUUUGUUUGUUUUGUUUUAAUCUGGUUUGUUUUUAUUUGCCCUUUUUUUUCUAAAUAGAGAAAAAGAAGGCAUGAAGUUGGAAGGGUGGGGAGGAUGUGGGAGGGGAUAAGGAAGGGGAAACCAUGAUGGGAAUAUAGUAUAUGAAGAAAAAAGAGGGCGUUUCCUUCGUCUCACAGACACAGACUGGACACUCACAUCCCUUCUACUGGUACAGCAGUGGCUAGACUGCACACAGAUGGCUGUGACCAGGGAUUGACAAGGAAAGUUGAGAUGACAGCCUCUGGCUGGGAGCCAUCUCCCCAGCUCAGAGACCCCGAGUACACUGUGGGAAGACAAAAUAUGUACUGAGAGCCAGCCAAGAGCCUCUGCCUCGGCCACGUUAUUUGAAAAAAUUAAAUCUUGAGCUUUACUGAA